UAUGAGUCAGUGAGCUGCUGUGUAAGUUAUAUUGCAACACGAAAAGUUGGAAGCUCUGAAUUUUUUUUCCUCAUCAAAAACAGCAAAUCAAUUUAAUUUGAACCAUUCGAUAAAUAGGUUGUGUAUUAAAAGAAAAAAUGUUUAAUCGUGAUCGUGGAAACUCAAACUCUGACUUUGGUCGGAAUAAUAACAACAAUAAUAUGGGCAGAGGGUCUGGCCCAUCCCGUGGACCCAUGGGCGGUGGCGGUGGUUCCUAUCGACGAGAUGAUAACAGAUCAUCGGAUCGACGAAACGGGCCGAAUUCAGGCGGUGAUCGAUAUUCAAAUAAUAAAAAUCAACAACAACCUGGCGAUCGUUUAAGACGUGUUCGAUGGGAAGAUUUUGAACUAAUUCCAUUCCAAAAGAACUUCUACAGUCCAUGCGAAUCAGUGCUGCAUCGUACACCGCAAGAAAUUGAACGUUUCCAUCGAAAACAUGAAAUCACCACUAAAGGUCGUGAUGUCCCACCACCAUUGUUGGAAUUUUAUGAGGGUGCAUUCCCCGAUUAUGCCAUGCGCGAAAUUCAAAAGUGUGGCUUCGAAAAACCAACUGCAAUUCAAGCUCAAGGUUGGCCAAUUGCAUUAAGUGGUCGCGAUAUGGUUGGUAUUGCACAAACUGGUUCGGGAAAAACGCUUGCAUAUAUUAUGCCAGCUGUGGUUCAUAUCAAUAAUCAGCCACGUUUGUCACGCGGAGAUGGUCCAAUUGUACUUGUUUUGGCUCCAACUCGUGAGCUUGCACAGCAAAUUCAACAAGUUGCCAAUGACUUUGGUUCGUGCACUCACCUUAAAAACACUUGUAUAUUUGGCGGUGCACCGAAAGGACCACAAGCCCGAGACUUGGAGCGUGGUGUAGAAAUUUGUAUCGCAACACCGGGUCGAUUGAUCGAUUUUCUUGAGAAAGGAACCACAAAUUUGCGCAGAUGCACAUAUCUUGUUCUUGAUGAAGCCGAUCGUAUGCUUGAUAUGGGCUUCGAGCCACAAAUUCGAAAGAUUAUCGAACAGAUUCGUCCCGAUCGUCAGGUGUUAAUGUGGAGCGCCACUUGGCCAAAAGAAGUACGAAUGUUGGCCGAAGAAUUUCUCAAUUCCUACAUUCAAGUAAACAUUGGUUCAUUGAAUCUGUCUGCUAAUCAUAAUAUUUUGCAAAUCGUUGACGUUUGCGAAGAAUAUGAAAAGGAACAAAAAUUGAUGACUCUGCUGCAAGAAAUUUCGGGCGAACCAGAGACAAAGACUAUUAUUUUCGUUGAAACAAAACGUCGCGUUGAUGAAAUAACUCGUGCCGUAUGUCGAAAUGGUUGGCGAGCAGUUGCAAUUCAUGGGAAUAAAACACAACAAGAACGUGACUAUGUUUUGAGUUCAUUCCGAAAUGGACGUCAAUCGAUUUUAGUAGCAACUGAUGUUGCUGCUCGUGGCUUAGAUGUGGAAGAUGUUAAGUUCGUUAUCAACUUCGACUACCCAAACAACAGCGAAGAUUACGUUCACAGAAUCGGUCGCACAGGCAGAUCAAAUAACACCGGUACUGCUUACACAUUGUUCACCUAUCAAAAUGCCUCGAAAGCCAAUGAUUUGAUCCAGGUGUUGAAGGAAGCAAAUCAGGUGGUGAAUCCAAAACUGUUUGAAUUAUCGAAAUCGAAUUCACAUGGUAACAAUCGUAAUUCACGUUAUGGCGGUCGCGGAAAUAAUGGCGGAAAUAAUUUCAACCGAGGUAAUAACGAUCGUCGCCAAUUUGGAAACAAUGGAAAUAACAAUCGGUCCAAUGGUUUUAAUGGAAAUGAUAAUGGAUUUAAGCGCGACAGAGACCGCAAUGAAAAUGGUGGCGGUGGAUCACGUUUCUCAAACAAUGAUGGACCUGCACGUUUUUCAUCGAACAGCAUGAAUGGCACAUCACGUUUUUCAAACGUUAACUCAAACGGAUCGUCGAACAAUGCAAACACCGGUUCACGUUAUGGCAAGAAUAACGACGGUGGUAUGCGUUACGGAGGUGCAAGUAAUGGCAUUCGUGAGGGUGGUUCACGUUUCUCAGCGCCAAAUACACAACAAACAUCUCGUUUCUCAAAUAAUGAUUCAUACAAUAAAACAUCAUCAAAUAAUGAUUUCUAUCAAAAUUCAACAUCCAAAUUUAAACAAUACGAUAACAAAUCAAAUACAUAUGAUAAUAAACCAAAAAUUCCCAUGACCAAUUCCACAAAUAGUACCGGUGGUAUAGCCUAUCCACCUUACAAUAACUACGGAUCGGACGCAAUGUUUGCGUAUCCACCACCGCCGAUUCAUUAAACACAACCACCCAUAUGAUGCACAAGGAAAAAUUUAAACAAAACAGAACAAAAAUAUGGUGGUGGAUGUAAAGAAGAUCCGUGAAUUAUGUACAUUAAACUAAUUUUGAACAAUAAG